AUGUCGGCUGAAGAAACCAAGGCGCUACAAAAGGUCAAGGAGAAACACUCGCUCUUCACGCCAUCGCUGAAGCCCGCGCACGAAGUCAUGCUCGACUUGUUGAGGGAGAAUGAGCCCGAUACGGUUACUAUUGUGGCAGUUGGGCCGCUGACCAAUCUUGCUAUCGCUGCUGCGCAAGAUCCCGAGACGUUCUUGAAGGUCAAGGAGGUAGUCGUCAUGGGCGGUGCUAUCGAUGCGCCUGGAAAC